CGAUGCUGUAUAUAGUGUGAGUGGCUCGCUGCCUCUUUCCUGACCAGCAGCAUCCACCAAAAACACCCGCAACGACCACCGCCACUACCAGCAUGAAGAGCUUCUACGCUUUCCUGCCGCUCAUCAGCAGUGUGUGGUGUCUGCCAGCACAAGAUGCUCUCGAGCCGAGAGCAACAGGCACUUUGGAAUCGUGGCUGUCUGCGGAGAGUCCAGUGGCUUUGCAAGGCAUCUUGAACAAUAUCGGAGCACAAGGGAACAAGGUGCAAGGCGCCAACCCGGGGAUUGUAGUCGCUUCGCCCUCGAAAUCAAAUCCCGACUACUUCUACACCUGGACUCGAGAUGCAGCAUUAACUAUUAAGUGCCUUGUCGACCAGUUUCUUGCAGGUCAGACGAAUCUCGAGGGUAUUAUCCAAGAUUAUGUCAACAGUCAAGUGGCACUACAGACUGUGCCAAACCGCUCAGGAAGCCUCUGUUCCGGCGGCCUGGGGGAGCCGAAGUUUGGCGUCGAUGGCACCCAGUUCACUGGCGAUUGGGGUCGGCCUCAGCGUGACGGUCCUGCACUCAGAGUGACUGCCAUGAUCGCCUAUGCCCGAUACUUGAUUUCAAAGGGCCAGACUUCUCAGGUUGCAAAUAUCAUCUGGCCUGUCGUAGCAAACGACCUCACCUAUGUUGCGCAGUACUGGAAUCAGACCGGCUUUGAUCUCUGGGAAGAAGUGAGCAGUGCAUCGUUCUUCACGACAGCAUCACAAUAUCGCUCACUAGUGGAGGGCAGCGCGCUGGCCGCCCAAAUUGGUAAGACGUGUCCGCAUUGUGACUCGCAGGCACCGCAGAUUCUGUGCGCUUUACAAAGUUACUGGACGGGCUCGUACGUCUUGUCGAACACUGGAGGUGGCCGGUCCGGGAAGGAUGCGAACUCUAUCUUGGCUAGCAUCCAGUUGUUCGAUCCAGCGACUGGUUGUGAUGCAAAGACAUAUCAGCCCUGCUCGGACAAGGCCCUGGCAAACCACAAGCAAGUCACAGACUCCUUCCGCUCUGUGUACACGAUCAACAACGGCAUUGCCCAGGGCAGAGGUGUGGCAGUGGGGCGCUACUCGGAAGACGUGUAUCAGGGAGGCAAUCCAUGGUACUUGGCCACUUUUGCCGCUGCCGAGCAGCUUUACUAUGCCGUUUACCAGUGGCGUCAACAAGGAUCGAUCACGAUCACCGCCACAUCUCUACCCUUUUUCAGGGACAUCUACUCAGCAGCAGCCACUGGCACGUAUGCAUCUUCAUCAACAACCUUCACGUCGAUCGUGAAUGCCGUGCUGGCGUAUGCAGACAGCUAUUUCGCCAACGCACAGCAGUACACACCACAGAACGGAGCCUUGGCGGAGCAGUACUCAAGAUCCAACGGCAGUCCCUUGUCAGCAUCUGAUCUGACAUGGUCAUAUGCCGCUUUCUUGACUGCCCUGAGCGCCCGCAAAGCUGUCGUGCCAUCGACUUGGGGAGCGAAUUCGGCCCAAGUGCCCAACUCAUGCUCUGGCAGUUCCGCGAAUGGUCCCUGUGUGGCAGCGACAAACACAUUCUCACGUCCAGGAAGCACCCCUACCGCCACUUCCACAGGUGCUUGCUCAGCGACUCCUACCCGCACAAAUGUACUAUUCAAGAAUAUUGUGACUACCAACUACCUCGAGACUGUUGCCAUUGUCGGGAGUAUCAGUGAGCUCGGCAGCUGGAACACUGCCAAUGCGGUCAACCUCAGCGCUCAGAACUACACAAGCACUAACAACUUGUGGUAUGUGACUGUUGGAUUGCCAGCUCGUGCCAGUUUCCAGUACAAGUACAUCCGCAAGCAGCAGGACGGGAGUGUGAGGUGGGAGAGUAACCCUGACAGAACCUACACGGUGCCCGCGAACUGUGCCGGCUCAGCAACCCAAAGUGAUUCGUGGAGGUGAUUCAUCUUGAUCAAGCUGCCUUCGGCUGCCAAAGGGCGCCGUGGCCAAAAGCAUGCAUAGCAAAAGCUCUUUGUCUAUUAUCGCAUCAGUGCAGCCAACUAAGCUCAGAGAUAUCAGAUUCAUCUUCAAACACUUGUGAUGUAUAUCCGAGCAGACAAAGCUGACAUAUGCAGAUCAGAGUCUCGCAGCGACUGCAGCACCAAUCUAGAAAAAUGGAAGCAAUAGCAACGCACGAUCGAGCGUCGCUUAUUCUCAUCCCUUUACCACGUUGCAACAGCCCAACUCAUCGGCGAGGCCAUUGAUCAGGAAUACUCGCUAUGUGAUUUAUAUGAGCACAGUGUCAUCUCAUAGUUACUGAUACCAGACAGCAGGCAGGUGCAAAAGCUAUAGGUACCUAGAGGAGUACAUUAAAAAAAUUCCAUUCAACGGACUGAGAGAUGGGCUGAUUGAACGUGGAGCCUCUAGGUGUCUGUUU